AUGGAGAAGAUUAUCUGUGAUUACGUCAAGGCCAUUUACAAAAUAGAGCAUGCAAACGAUGAUCUGAUAAGUGACUUUGAAGCCUGUAUACCCAAAAAGGAAACCAGUAAAAGUGACUUUGACAUAAGUUUAUGUAACAAGAUCAUUUCCAAAUGCCUUGCCAAUCGGAUGAAGGAAAGCUUGAACUCUGCCAUCUCAGAAAAUAAAAGUGUGUUUGUCAAGGGUAGAGUGAUUCACGACAACGCAAUAAUUGGGUUUGAAAGCUUACACUGCAUGAAGAAGGGGAGAUUCAAAAAUGACAAGAAUAUGGCUGUAAAACUUGAUAUGGCGAAGGCAUAUGAUAGUGAUCAGUGGAAAUUCAUAGAAGUGAUGAUGAGAGGCCUAGGGUAUGAUGAAAAAUUGAUUGAGAAAGUUAUGCGAUGUGUUAAAAUGGUCUCCUUCUCUGUGCUUAUUAAUGGGGAAAUCCGAGGGAAGUUCAAACCCCAAAGAGGUUUAAGGCAAAGAGACCCCAAAGAGGGCGGGUAG